AUGGCACAAAAUACUGAUCUUGUAGAAGCAGUGACAGUGACCGUGACAGAGAAAGAAAAUCAACCCAAAGGAGGAGGUUCCAUGACGAUAACAGAGAUGGAAAAUCAACCCAAAGGAGGUUUUUCGACGAGGGAGAAAGCAACAAUCCAAGUAAAACUCCUAAUAAGAGUAUUGACUAUUCUAACUUUCAUUUUGUCACUUCCUGUUCUUGGCUCAGUUAUAUGGCUAUUAUAUAUGAGAGGCUAUGACUGUGAAAUUCUUCUAAGGUUGCCGAAGUUGCAGAUGGGCAUUGGCAUUGGGUUGCUCUUUAUUUUCUUAGUUAGCAAUAGUGUUGCCUUCUUGCAAUCUCGAUUUCCAAUGCCAGGACUUGUUGUAGUUAUGGCGCCAUUGAUUGUUAUGCUCACCAUAGGGCUUGCCCUCACUGGGGCAUAUAAGAUGGAGAGUCGGACAAUUCCAGGCUCACCAAUGUGGCUCAAGCUGAAGGUUCGCAACCAGAACAACUGGCACAAUAUCAGAUCAUGCAUUUAUGAUACAGGAGCAUGCACUGAUUUGGUGUCAAGAUCCUUUAUGCUCAAAUCAUAUGACUUCAGCAUAAAAAGAUUGUCACCCAUUGAGGGAGGCUGUUGCAAACCUCCAUCAAUAUGUGAAAUGCAAUAUGUAAACGCCACUUUUUGGGAAAAGGAAGAUGGAGUAGUGAAAGAUAAAUCAUAUCCAUAUGACAGUGAUUGCGAUUCAUGGAGCAAUGAUCAAAACGUUCUAUGUUACAACUGCAAGUCUUGCCAAAAAGGAUUCUUAAGAACAUUACAGGGAAAAUGGAGGAAACUUGGGUUCUUCUUGGUUGUGAUGGCGUUAGUACUCAUUGUUUCUCAUUUCUUGUUAUUCCUCGCCACUAUGUUGGAGCAUUUUGCCACAAUUUGA